AUGUCUAAGAGAGGACGUGGUGGUUCCGCGGGAGCGAAAUUCCGCAUCUCACUGGGUCUCCCGGUUGGAGCCGUUAUAAACUGCGCAGAUAACACAGGGGCAAAGAACCUGUAUGUCAUCGCUGUGCAGGGAAUCAAAGGUCGCCUGAACAGACUGCCAGCAGCUGGCUCGGGUGACAUGAUUGUCGCUACUGUAAAGAAAGGCAAACCAGAACUCAGGAAAAAGGUAAUGCCAGCAGUGGUGAUCAGACAGCGGAAACCGUUCAGAAGGAGGGAUGGGGUGUUUAUAUACUUCGAAGAUAAUGCAGGUGUGAUAGUAAACAACAAGGGCGAAAUGAAAGGCUCGGCUAUCACUGGACCUGUGGCGAAGGAAUGCGCAGACCUCUGGCCUCGUAUUGCAUCAAACGCCAGUUCAAUAGCU